AUGGCGCAAGAAAUCACAAUCACAGGAUUUGAAACCCGCGAUGUGCGGUUUCCCACGUCGCUGGAUAAGACGGGCUCUGAUGCUAUGAAUGCAGCUGGCGAUUACUCUUCUGCGUACUGCAUCUUGCAGACCGACUCACAAUACUCUGGCCACGGCAUGACCUUCACCAUUGGACGUGGAAACGACAUUGUCUGCGCUGCCAUAGUCCACGUUGCCGAGCGUCUCAAGGGCAAGACGUUGUCGUCUCUGGUGGCCAACUGGGGGAAGACUUGGCGCUAUCUAGUAUCAGACAGCCAGCUGCGUUGGAUUGGACCCGAGAAGGGCGUUAUUCACCUCGCUCUUGGCGCUGUCGUGAAUGCGGUCUGGGACCUUUGGGGCAAGGUCCUAGGCAAGCCUGUCUGGAGAAUUGUUGCCGACAUGACGCCCGAGCAAUACGUCCAGUGUAUCGACUUCCGCUACAUCACCGACGCCAUCACCCCAGAAGAAGCUGUUGCCAUGCUCAAGGAAGUGCAAGGCGGAAAGGCGAAGCGCAUCGAGGAAGCGCUUAGUAGCAAGGCCGUGCCGGCGUACACCACCAGCGCAGGAUGGCUAGGCUACGGCGAAGGCAAGAUGAAGACCCUCCUCGGGGAGACACUUGCACAAGGCUACAAGCACUUCAAGCUCAAAGUUGGCGGUAGCGUGGAGGAGGACAGGCGCCGGUUAACCAUUGCUCGGGAUGUUCUCGGCUACGACAAGGGCAACAUCCUCAUGGUCGAUGCGAAUCAGAUCUGGUCUGUCCCCGAUGCCAUCGAGCACAUGAAGCAGCUUGCCGACUUUAAGCCAUGGUUCAUUGAAGAGCCCACGUCCCCCGACGACAUCCUGGGCCACAAGGCUGUUCGCGAGGCUCUCAAACCAUACGGUAUUGGCGUCGCCACUGGCGAGAUGGUCCAAAACCGAGUAGUCUUCAAGCAGAUGCUCAUGAAUGGCGCCAUUGACGUCUGUCAAAUCGAUGCCUGCCGUCUCGGUGGUGUCAACGAGGUCAUGGCUGUGUUGCUCAUGGCGAAGAAGUACGGUGUGCCGAUUGUUCCUCAUUCGGGCGGAGUUGGUCUUCCAGAGUACACGCAGCACCUGAGCACAAUUGAUUAUGUAGUUGUGAGCGGUAAGCUCUCUGUGCUGGAGUAUGUUGACCAUUUACACGAGCAUUUCUUGCAUCCGUCCGUCAUCAAGGACGGGUACUACCAGACGCCCAUGGAACCUGGAUAUAGCGUAGAGAUGAAGAAGGAUAGUAUGGAUAAGUUCACAUAUCCCGGGGACAGGGGGAUUAGCUGGUGGACGAGCGAAGAAGCAAGACCGAUUUUGGAGGGCGAGAAGAUUUAA